AUGAAGAACAAUACUCAACAGUCUACAGUUUCUCCAAAAAUGACUAUGUAUAAGAAUGCCAUGAAAAAUAAACAUAAUCAAAGCACUCGAUUAGGUGAAUAAUUGCAAAAGAACCAGAGUCUAGCUUAAUUUCAGGAGUAACAACAAAAUUAAAGAAAUAAAGAUUAAGAAAAGUAUGAUAAAUGAUGAAUUAAUAGUUCAUUUAGAUCUGUAAAAUUUUAAGAUUUGAACUCAGUUUAUAAUCCUAUUGAUGUAAUUAGGUUAAAAGACAUUCUUGAACAAAAUAGAAAGGUAAUUAAAAUCAAUCAAAUUUAAUCUAAUAUUUAACAUUUAGAUUAACAAUAAAAGAGCUUCACAACUCAAAAUCAAUCUUUUAGUGAAGUCUUUUAAGAACAAUAAAUUGAUAAUAAAAAAUUAUAUUUGCCUAUCCAGGAAUGUAAAUAGAGAUUUAAAGAGAAUGUUAAUUUUGAUUUCGAAACUCCCAGAUUUUUUGGAAUGCCAUGA